AUGAAACUGUGGCUUUGGUUGCUUUACUUCUUGCCAGUUUCUGGGGCUCUGAGGUUCCUCCCAGAAAUGAAGCUGGAGGGUAUUCUGGGUGGAUCCAUUACCAUCGAGUGCCCGCUUCCUAAAACAUACAUGCGGAUAUAUCUGUGCCGGAAGAUGACUGACUCUAGAAUAUGUGCUACUGUGAUUUCCAACCAGAACUUUGUCAAGAAGGAAUACAAGAGACGAGUCUCCCUGAAAUAUUGUCCAAACAAGAAUGUGUACCUAGUUGAGGUGACAAAUCUGGCCAAGAGUGACAGUGGCAUCUAUGCAUGUGGAGCAGGCCAGAAAACAGACCGGGGCAGGACCCAGCAAGUCAUCCUGAAUGUCCGCAGUGAGUAUGCACCAUUCUCAGAAGAGGAGCCAAUUACUGAGCCUACACAGCGCUUUCAUGAAUUUCAACAUAUGCCAAUGGCCCCAUGGGUCCAGAUGCCUGCACAUUCCAGUUCUUCUAAGUUUAUAUCCAAAGUAACCACACCAGCUCUGAGGACCAAGGUUCCUCCAGCACCCUCCCCCUCCUCCAUCAUCACAACCACUCACCACCCUCAAGUUUCCAGGGCAUCUUUGGUAGCAGGUACCAAUCCCCCAACCGUCCUGCCAUCUAACGAAGCCUUAAAGACCUCAGCUCAGAAGGGGCUGCUCAAGCCCCAGACAACCAGUGACAUCCACCACCCCAAGCAGAGAGCCUUCCACCACGGCCACAAGUCAGGGACCGAAACCCCGAAAUUUCACAUACUGAUCCCGACCACCCUGAGCCUGAUCCUGCUGGCGGCGCUUCUGGGGCUGGUGCUGAGAAGAGUCAUUCAAAGGAGGAAACGUCUCGCCAGGCGGGUCUCCAGACAGGCCGUGAGAACGCGCGCCCCGGCGGCUUCCCGGCGGCCCCGGCCCCACGCGCCCCGCGCGUCCCCGCGGCCGCGCGCCCAGAACAUCUACAGCGCCUGCCCUCGGAGCGCUCGCGGGGCGGAUUCCGCGGUUACGCCGGAGGUACCUCUCCCCGGUCCCGGAGAUUUGGCGCCCCCGACCCCACCGCAGGUAUCUGUAACUUCCUGGUUCCAUGCCCCAUCUCUGAAGACCAGCAAUGAAUACAUGAGCAUCCACCACCAGCGUGCCGGCAAGGUGGGGGACACUGACCCAGAUGACUACGUCAAUUUUCCCUGCUGACUCACCUCUCUGGCUGAUACCCUGGGCCCAGACCUUGAUGCAGUGAGCCUCAUCUGCCUGCUGGUUUCCAAUACCUGCUCCUCCUUCUGGUUUUAGAGCCUCCCACAUCCCACCUCCAGUAUCUUCCUGUCUCCCCUGAGCAUAGGUCAUGCCCCCCAAUACUUCUUGUACACCUUUGUAGUGUCCUGUGGUUUUCUGGUGAACUCUGACAUGCAGAGAAUGUGUCCCAGUGUUACCUACUUCCUUUCCAAGUCUUGGCAAUGGGGUUUUCACAGUAUCUGUAAGUACAGUGUCCUUGUUGCCCUGGCUCUAGACCAAGUGACUUAGGACUGGAGCAGAGGCUUCGCUGUUGUUUCAGGAGCCCUUCCCAGGCUUGGGCCUCACCCAUUGAAGGUGCCUGGGCUGCACCCUGAGGACAUGCCUCAGCUCCGUGAGCUAGGAAGGACCUGAUAUAAAACAGAAGGAGGAGAUUUUUUUGCCCUGACCUUAAAGCUGGCACUUUACCAGUGAGCAUCUAUAAUCUCAUGUCAUCUGCUAAGAACAAUUUAUUUUGAUGUGAUGAAGGGUUCUACAUUUUUGGAACCAUGGUGGUUAGGAUUCAUGAUACAUAUAAAUCUCCCUCUUUGUAUAAUAUAUAUAAAAAUCCUCCCUUGAUGCACAUAAGUAUUCUGGCCCCCAGGAUAGCCCCUCUUUAGAAAUUGUUUUUUUUCAUCACUUUAUCCUUUUUCAAUAACCUAGCACUGAUAUUUGUGUACUUAACAUUGGUCAAAACUAUUAACAUCUCUUUGUUUUCAUCUCUUUGCCAGAUCCAGGUAACUUAUGGCAAAGUAACUUAUGGAAAGUACAUGACCUGGGAUUCCUUGAGGCCCAGGGUUUCUGCAUUAGCACUUAUGAGAUAGAAGAAGAAACAUCAACCUCCCAUAUAUAUUUUAAAGUUUUUUCAGCUAGACGUAAGCUGACAUAUCUUUGGAUCAAAGUUAACUACAAAGUUCAGCUAGCGCUUGAGACUAGAGAAUCCCCAGUCUUACUAUUGAAUAGAAGGCUUUUCCCGGACAUACAAUUCAGCUUCACUGGACACUUGUCUGUGGAUGGCGAGACUGCCAGACUUGAGGUCCCUGCCUUGUAUUAGCAAGGAACCCAUCACAAAUUGAACAGUACAUCCAGGGCAACACCAUCGGCCACGUGAGCUUGACACUGGCAGAUGAUGGAAGAAAGAGUAGGAUGAGAAAGGGGGGCUUCCAAGCUGAGGGGAUGUGGGAGUAGGUGGGGACUGCAAUGUUUAGAGAGCCUGCUUUUUGCUGUGCACUGAUCUACAUUAUAUCUUUUUUCAUUUCACUCUUUCACCACUCCUAUGCUUUGUUCUUGCAGAUUUCAUGACAGUGUUAUUUCCAUGCUCUUAAGUUCAACUUCAUAUCCCAGCACCCACCAUUGUUCUUCAACAAUUCAAAAACACGCAAAAAAAUAAAAAUCCAGUUUAUUAAACAUUUGCCAGCCUGGUUGCUAGCAUGAUGGAGGAUGAAAGAGAAGC